AUGGCAAUUCAUAAUUUCAUCCGACGAAGUAAGCUCCGCGAUAUUGCAUUUGACUCUUAUGAUAAAUACACGGAUUAUGUGCCUAAUGAAGAGGAAGGAUCUUCGUCUCAACAAGCACGCCAUGAAAAUGAUGUUGUAUGUGAUGACAACGAAAUGGAGAUUAAGAAGAUGAGAUCUAACAAGUCCAAGGAGUUCUUUGCAGAGCUCAAGGUCUUGUGCAAGAUACAUCACAUUAAUGUGGUGGAGUUGUUGGGGUAUGCCAGUGGAGAUGACCACCUCUACUUGGUUUAUGAGUACAUUCAAAAUGGAUCUGUCAGUGAUCACCUUCAUGAUCCAUUACUCAAAGCUUUCCAAUUGUCAUUGAUUUUGUACUAG